AUGCCACGUCGUUCAACACAUUCUACAAAGUCCGGGAAGCUCCAAGUUGAGAGGCUUGAGCGGAAAUGCCGCUAUUGCAAGACCUAUCGAAGUGCGCAAGGUUUCGAUAAGCAUGAAGCUUGGUGUAAGAAAACUUCGAUGAUCAGGAAAGAACUUCCGGAGCGCACACAUUCAAAUCCCAAUGAAAUUCAAGUCGAUGCGACACCAUUGACCUUGCCAGCAAUACCCUUAAGUUCUCGUGUGGAUUUUGGUGCCAACAAUGAAUUUGUUGAAGGGUCUAGCUUAGUGCCCAUGGACGUUGAUUAUCCGUCACCAGAGUUGAAUACUCAAGAGCCUACUAAUGGCCGUGAGACCAUGUACGGACCCCAUCUACCACAGGAAUACAUUAAAAUUAUUCCGCAUCCUCAUUCAUGGGAUCCGACCACAAAGAUAAUUGCCCUGAAUCACGCGAACCCAGUUUCUCAUUCAGAAUGUCCAACUUACAUGCCCCAGCCCGAGCCUCAUCCUUGGGCUCCAUUCAAAAACCUUGGUGAUUUUGAAUACACAGAGACGGCUAUAAUGGGUUUGUUACCCAAGUGGAUCAUCAACAAGCAACUAGCCGGCCUCAAUUCCAAUUGGGCGGAAGGAAGCCAUCUUACUAUUAAGAACUUUACAGAAAUGGACAAUGUCCUUUCCAAGGCUUGUAAAUACUUUGUUCAGUUCAAGCAUGACAUUGUGACUGCAUUAUACCAGGAUCCAUGGGAAUGGAUCUUAUCGAUUAUCCAAGACGAGUCCUUAGCACCAAUGGCCAUGUGGAAUGCGGUCCAGAAGUAUCACUGUGCUGGCGACUUUGAAGAACAAAUUUAUGACGAACCAAACACAGCUGUCUGA